CGUAGAGAACAGACGACAAAAAUAUAUAAAAGUUUUUGUGCUAUAUUUUUUUUUGUAUUCGCCGGUUGUCUUCAAAUAAUUGAAAAUUUAAGAAGAAAAAAAGUUGUUAAAAUCAUAAAAUGUUUAAAUGAAUAAAAAGUAAAAUAAAUAUUAUCUUUUAAUUGCGGUCGCCGUAUUUAUUAACUCAGACCGACAGACAUAUUUCAAUUGUAGCUGAGAGAUUGUGUAUAAAUUUUAUUUCCGUUUUACUCGUGUUCAACUACUUCGGCUGGAAACGAGAAAUAACUCUGAGCCAUUGUCAUAAAUAAAUAAUGACCAAAAUAAUGAAUACAUUUUUAAUAAUUUGUUUAAUUUUCAACUCUAUAUUGUUGCUGUUUGUGCCAGCCAUUACAUGUUCUUCUUCGUCAUCGGCUUUGUCGAAUUCCGCUUUGCAGUGUAAAGAAUUGAAUCAAUGGAAUUGUUAUUCGGCGAAAAGUGAAGGCUACUCUUGCAACAGUAAAGGUCAAACCACAACUGAGACCAGAUGGUUCUACGACAAGGGACAUUGUCGUAAAUUCGCCUACAAAGGCUGCAAUGGAAAUCGCAAUCGUUUUUGUACCAAAGAGACCUGCAUGAAAAGAUGUCAAGGAGAAUAGAAUUUAAGCAAAAAUUCAAAAAAAAAACCUUAACUUUUUUUAUAUAUCAUAUAAUACACUUAUAUACACUUAAAUAAACACUUUACCAAUGUAAAUAAAUUGUAUUAGUUGUUAAAAAUAAAAAUCUAUAGAAAAAUGAAUAUAAAGAAACAA